UUGGUUGAAGAGUACUGCUCAAAUGUUUACCUUACUUGUUUAUUCCAUGUUAUAUUGCGUUAUCUUACUUUGUUCUGUAAGAGUAUUUUUCUGAUGUUAUUAUCAAAGAAGUAGAUGGAUUGUAACACAAUUGUUACAGCAACUAUUCAAGUGGAUGUUGGAAUUUCAUAUUAAGUGUUGAGAUAAUGUAUCUUUUAAGAGGACUUGUUCUGAGUGUGCUGAUUGGACACUGUUUUACAGUGUUCAAAUUCAGUUUUGGAGAUAAUGACGACGACGACGACGAGGACGACGAUGGGCCUGUGAUAUUUAAUUAUAACCAGUUUUUGAAGAAACCACAUUCCGUGCGUGUUGAUUCGAAAUCUAAAGUAGAAACGUUAGGCCGCGUUUUCAAAGGUCAUAUUCAGGACCUGAAGGAUGGAUCGGGAGGGGCUCUGGACCUCCUUUUCCUGGUGGACAGCUCCACCAGUGUCGGCAAAAAUAACUUCGUUGAGGAGGUCAAAUUUGUCAAGAAACUGUUGUCUGAUUUUACCGUGGACGUGAAUGAUACACGCGUAUCCGUGAUCACUUUCUCGUCACGAGAGCGCGUCAUACGUCACAUUGACUACUUGGACGACGCGGAGAACUUCCGGCACAAAUGCUCCCUCGUUGACGAUCUUAAGAGGAUCGAUUACAGCGGAGGCGGCACGUACACAAGAGGGGCUUUGUUGGAGGCACAGAAAGUGCUCCGCAACGCCCGACCGGAAGCUAGUAAGGCAAUCUUCCUGCUGACAGACGGUUUCUCCAACGGCGGCGACCCUCGUGGAGAAGCGCGGCAGCUGCGCGCGAGCGGCGUGAAGAUUUUUACGUUUGGCAUCCAGAACGGAAACGUCUUCGAGCUGUACGACAUGGCAUCCACGCCGAAGAACGAGUCCACGUACAUCUUAGAUAGCUUUGAGGAGUUUGAGUCGCUCGCCAACAGGGCGCUGCAUGAAGAUCUGAGCAGUGGGAAGUAUGUUGACCAGCCGGUCCGGAAGUGUAACCGACUGUGUGUGGGUCGGGACUGCUGUGACUCGAUUGCCACGUGCAAGUGUGGCACCCACACCGGCAAAUACGAGUGUCUUUGUCCGCGUGGUUACUAUGGGAACGGGCUACGGGGAGGAUGCCAUGCCUGUCCCACGGGCACGUACAAAUCUCAUGACCGUCCUGGUGACGUACGCACAUGUGUCAAAUGCCCGGAUGAAAACCACGUGACGGUACCGGGCGCCACGUCCAUGGAACAGUGUGUAUGCCGGAAGGGCUAUCGAAACUUCGUUGAUGGAUGUGCAGUUCUGAAGUGCCCAACCCUGUACGUACCUAAGAAUGGCUAUUUCGUGAACGACAAGUGUAAGAGCGUGUUUAACGCGGCGUGCGGACUGCGGUGUAAGCCGGGCUACGAAUUACGGGGCUCCAGUCUCCGCAUCUGCCGGGAGGAUGGGUCAUGGUCCGGGACGGAGACGAAAUGCAUCAUGAAGACGUGUCCGGCGCUCAUGAAACCUAAGAACGGGAACAUGAUCUGCACGACGGACGAUUUCAGCUUCAACACAGUCUGCCGCUUCACGUGCGACACCGGAUAUAAGCUAGUCGGCUCGAGAAAACGAACUUGCCUUGCUAUCGCGUACUGGACGGGAAUUAACACGAGGUGUAGAGAGAUCACUUGUCGCCCUUUACCGGUGGUCCGUGACGGCAGCGUAUAUCCGCCAGCGUGCGUGGCUGGUGACGUCACGUUCGGUACCACGUGCUCUGUCACGUGUCACCAUGGAUACAGCCUCGUGGGGCCAUAUGGCCGACAGUGUCUGCCAGAAGGCAUGUGGACGCCCGCAACCGAGGUCAGCCAGUGCGUUGACACGUCACCACCAUUCAUCACGUGUCCAUACAAUAUUGAGGCUGACACAGACGUGAACGAGAACACUGCUACUGUCUCCUGGCAGGUGCCGCUAACAGUAGACAACUCCGGCUGCGUGCCCCUGUUAUCUUCCAUACCUGCAGUGAUGCCGCCAGAAAAGUUUUCCGUCGGCACGACUAAGGUCACGUACAUUGCAGAGGACCUGAACAAUAACAAGGCCGAUUGCCACUUCUACAUUGUGGUCAAAGACCACCAGAAGCCGACAAUAGACCGUUGUUUUUCUCCCUUACCGAUUGUCUCCCCUGAUGAGUACGGCGUCGUCAGCUGGGAAGAGCCGCUCUUCAGUGACAACUCGGGCGAGGAGGUUCGUAUCCGGCGCUCCCAUGCGCCUGGGCUGUUUCCUCAGGGCGUUACAGAGGUCGUCUACACGGCGUACGACUCCAGCGGAAAUAGCAACAACUGCACUCUCAAGAUAAACGUUAUUCCCCAUCCGUGCGAGUACCCGCCCGUACCCCUGAACGGGAACCGCACGUGUUACGAGGACAGUCAGGGUGUGAUCUGCUCAUUCACGUGCAGGCCCAGCUACGGUUUCGCCGUGCAGCCCGCCCGCCAGUACACAUGUGCCUUUGAUAACAUCUGGGAGCCGAAAGACAUGAUGCCCAUCUCGGACUGCUCCGCUCUUGAAUUGGCCAACGAGCUCAUUCAACCUGCAUCGUUCACGUUCGCGGGGCUCGUGGCAUGUCAGGAGAGGGUUGAGCUCGCCCGGCUAGAGAAGGACUUUGAGAGAAAGAUCACCAAACGGGUCCGUGAGUUAUGUGAGGAGGGGGUGGACUGCAGCGUUCGGGAUAUGGAAACCACCUGCCGCCAAAACACAGAGGACGGGGUGUUUAUUGUCCUCGGUCGGGACAAGCGGUCGAUGACGGACCAGAGCCGACAGAGACGUGAGGCGACGGAACCGGAAAUAGCAGCGUACGAGACAAAGGACGCCAUAGUGACCUUCAACUAUGUGCUGACUGGCAAGGUGAAGGACAACACGGCGGCCCCAGGCACUGAGGUGACGCGGCUCCAAGAGCAGCUUGUGACGGUGUUCGACAAUAUAAAGAAGACUCUGGAAAAGGAUGCCAAGAGGGGCGACCUUCAUCUAGAGGUAGACGGCCGCCAGCUCGCGCUCCACGACUUCCAGUUGGAAGGCACGGCGGAGUUUACGUGUAAGGAAGGAAGCGUCAGGCGGGAGAAGUCAUGUGCGAAGUGUCCGGUGGGAACGUUUUUCAACAUCGUCAAGCGGGAGUGCGAGAGUUGCCUUCGAGGCACGUUCCAACCCGAGGUUGGUCAAAUCUCGUGCUUCUACUGUCCCGCGAACAGCUCGACCACGGAGGUACACGCCACGAGCCAACACAACUGCACAUCUCUAUGUUUGCCCGGAACGUUCUCUAACAAUACCGUAGAGCCAUGCGAGACCUGUCACCGGGGCUACUACCAGGACACGUACGGACAGACAGACUGCAUCAGUUGCCCCAAACGGCACACCACGCUUCGCAGGGGCGUCAUGGAUCUCGCUGAAUGUAAAGAAAAAUGCCCGGCGGGUUAUCUGUCGCGGACGGGCGUGUCACCGUGCUGGCCGUGUCCCCGGGGGUCGUACCAGCCACGGGUUGGUAGGGUAUCAUGUCUCCAGUGCCCCAGGGGUACCGACACAUCCGACACGGGGGCUACGGACCUCGCACAGUGCCACAUGGAGCUGUCCGACUACCCUCAGGACGUCGCGCCGGCGCUCAUGUCUGAUGGUCAACAAGAAGAGAUAGACUUCAAUGUGUGCAUUUCCCAGCCAUGUUUGAACGGUGCCACGUGUAAAGCCGGCCUCUUCGGUGCCACUUUUGAGUGUGACUGUGCCCCAGGAUUCUCAGGCGUGUUUUGUGACCAGGAAACGGAUGAGUGCUCGGCGGCUCCGUGUCUUAACGGAGGCACGUGCCAGGACGAAAAGGGCGACUAUAAGUGUCUCUGUGCCCCGGGUUAUACUGGUAAAAAGUGUGAGAAGGACAUAGAUGACUGCUCGGGAGUGGAGUGUAUGAACGGAGGCACGUGCGUUGACCAGGUGAACGGCUUCCGGUGCAGCUGUCCACACGGUUACACAGGCGCUGUUUGCGAGAUGGACAUCGAUGAUUGCGUGUCGGAUCCGUGUUCCAACGGUGGCACGUGCGUGGACGGACCGGGUGGGUACACGUGCACGUGUCGGAGCGGCCUGCGCGGGGAGCAGUGUGAGAUUGAUGACGAUAACUGCGCUAGUGGACCCUGCCAGAACGAGGCCACGUGUGUGGACCAAGUUGACUCGUACAUUUGCGAGUGUCCGGCCGGGUACGAGGGCGUGAACUGUGAGAAGGACGUGGACGAUUGCGCAAACUCUCCGUGCACGCCACCUGCCACGUGCAGGGACCUCGUGGCCGACUACAGCUGCGAGUGUCCCACGGGCAUGGGCGGCAGAAACUGUGAUCAGGUAAUCGAUGUGCACUUCCAGCUGGACUUCCCGUCGACGGCGAGCACGACGGAAUACGCCAUGUUGGAUCUGAAACCUGACCUCACUUCCGCUACGGCGUGCUUCUGGAUGCGCUCCGACGAUACUACCAACCAGGGGACGGCGUUCUCGUACGCCAACGAGGAUGGGGACAAUAUCUUCACACUCACGAACUACGAUGGCUGGGUGUUGUACGUCAACAGCGAAAACCGGACGACGCGGGCGAAGUCAAAUGACGGGCAAUGGCACCAUGUGUGCGUCCUCUGGUCCUCAAACCGGGGCUCGUGGCGGCUGUACGUGGACGGCCUCCCUAGCGACAGCGGUCGGCGUCUCGCCAGUGGACAGACUAUAAAAGGCGGUGGAGUGUUCGUGAUCGGCCAAGAGCAAGACUCCUUGGGCGGUGACUUCAACAGUGCAGAGACGUUCAUAGGACAGUUAUCGCAGCUGAAUGUGUGGAGUCGAGAGUUGUCUCUCACUGACAUUGAAAAUCUUAGGACAAGUUGUGAAAAGGUGAUGGGUGACGUAAUUUCCUGGACAGACACUUCCGGUCACGUGUAUGGAAUGGUCUCAGAGACGCCGAUAGAGUUCUGUAAAGAGUGUCCUAAACCAAAGUCGAUUGACUACGGCAAUGAGCCCCUGUGGACGGGCCUCACUGCGGGGUCACAGGUUAGCUACAGCUGUCUGAUUGGCUUCACACUGGCGGGAAAGUCACGCUCCAUCUGUCUCGUUACGGGCGAAUGGGAAGAUCAAGCCCCACAAUGCGCACGGAUUCAAUGUGGGCAUCCUGGUUUCGUUAAAAACGGUUAUAUCGAGGGUACGGACUAUACGUUCGAUAACAGGGUGCGGUAUGUAUGCGAGCGAGCCUUCGUCCUGGUGGGACCGGAGACCAGAUAUUGUGGACAGUUUGGCUUUUGGGAGGGUGAUGUACCCCGCUGUGAAGAAAUCAAAUGUGUUAUACCGGCAUCCCUCCUGUCGGCAAACACGCGGAUCAAAGACGCAACACCUGACAACAAGUAUUUACCGCGAACAGAAGUCUUCUUUGAAUGUGCUCCCGGAAAUAAGUUAUAUACUGACCAUAGCUCUGUUUUUUGCCAGACUGAUGGUACAUGGGACAUAAGCAUCCCAACUUGCGACCCGAAAAAGUGUGGCAAGCCUCCAACAAUUGACAAUGGAAUAGUUGAACUUCAGGAUAAAUCAGAGUUUGCAGUGGGCAGUUUUUUGCAGUAUCAAUGCGAUUUUGGACAUCGGUUUGUCAAGGAUGAACCAAACACAAAUGGUGUAGUGAGUUGCCAAGCCAGCGGUGCCUGGGGCGACUCUCUUCCUCGAUGUGAGGUUACUACCUGUUCAAUUCCUUCCAACAUUCUGAAUGGAAACUUCACCUACGACGCGCUGACGUGGCUAAGUCAAGUUACGUAUACGUGUCAUCUGGGAUAUGAACCGAGUCAUCAAGAGAUAAUAGAAUGUUUCGAGGAUGGGGAAUGGAGUAAAGAUCCCCCGGUUUGCGAACCAGUCAGAUGUAAAAGGCCAGAUGAUAUAUUGCACGGAAAUAUCAUUAUUCCUGAAAAUGAAGUGUUCACGUAUGGAGUAGAAAUAAAAUACGUAUGUAGUCUUGGGUAUAGACUGGUUGGACCUGAAGCUAGAUCGUGCUCACAUAACACUUCAUGGAGUGGUGAGGAACCGGUCUGCAAACCAAUUUCCUGCGGGAAACCAGACGAUAUAGACUUUGGUCAAAUAAUUGGCCGCGAUUAUACACUGAAUAAUAUAAUUCGAUAUGUCUGUAGUGAGGGUUAUGAACCAAUCGGAGCUGAAGAAAGAGUGUGCAGAGAAACUGGUAAAUGGCAAAAUGAUCCACCAGUGUGCAACAAAAUACAUUGCAGCAUUCCGCCAGUUGUGACUAACGGUUUCUACUCCGAGACCUCGUUUUUCUUCCAAGAGACGGUUACUUAUCAGUGCGACAAAGGUUUCCAGCUAGAAGGGCAAGAAACAUUAACAUGUUUGUCAAACAAACAGUGGUCUCAUCCAGCCCCGGUUUGUGAGGAAAUUAAGUGUCCAAGUCCACCGAGAGUUGAGAAUGCGGUCUACAAUAACGCUGAAAAUCUAGAACUGUUCAGUAUUGGGUAUAGAGUGCGCUACCUUUGUGACAGUGGAUAUGAAAUUUCUCUCAAUAGUCUAAACCCCAUAGGUGAAAUAGAAUGUUUAAACACUGGUUUUUGGGAAGCGAAUCUUCCGGAAUGUAUUAAGAGGUCUUGUGAACAGCCACCGACAAUAGAUAACGCUAUUCCAGCAUUUGAGUCAGUAACAUACUUAAGUGUUGUUACUUAUAAUUGUGGGGAAGGGUAUGAAAUUAUGGGCAAUGAUACGAUAAGAUGUGAUGCUAGCGGUAGUUGGUCUGAGCCGACCCCAGAAUGCCGGGCCAUGGAGUGUACCGUUUCAGAGCUUUUCCGAAAUGGGAGAGCAGACUUUAAAGACUUGAAACUUGGCUCAGUGAUACGCUACAUGUGCAACGAAGGCUAUGAACUGAAAGGUCUUGAGGUAAGGCGGUGUAUGUCCAAUUUGUCCUGGUCAGGUGCCGAACCGGAAUGCAUACCCGUUGAUUGUGGAAAUCCCGAGUUGAUUGAAAAUGGUGAAACUCUCUUUGAAAGCACGGUUUUCCAAUCUUCUGUGACUUACAGAUGUAACAAGGGAUAUAAUUUAGUAGGCCAGAGUACAGUUCUCUGCAAUGCUAACAAAAAAUGGAGUGAAGCAAUGCCGACCUGCGAUAUCGUUCAUUGCGAUCGACCUUCAAGAAUAAUAUCAAAUGGGAGAAUGAUUGGGGACGAUUUUUCUUACGGAGCAACAAUUUCUUAUGAUUGCGAUGUUGGGUAUUAUAUAGACGGUGUUUCAAAUGAAAGAAUUUGCCAAGAAAAUGGACAAUGGGACAGGACGAUUAUCGUUUGUGCGGCAGUGGAAUGCCCAAGAUUAUCCAUAAGAAACGGACAAACAUCAGGGUUCCAGACUGGAUACGGAACUACACUAACCAUAUCUUGUAAAAACGGUUACCGACUGGUAGGACCAGCCACAAGAACUUGCAAUAAAGAUGGUACCUGGGGUAGCGGACAAACGGAAUGUGCCAAGUACAGAUGUCCUCGGUUUGAUCCCCCUAUCAAUGGUGAAGUCCUUGUUGAAGCAAAUAGCCACGCUAUGUUUGUCUGUCUGGAGGGCUACUCUCUGAACGGUGUGAAUGAGUCGACUUGCCAGGAUAAUGAUACAUGGUCAUCUCAAGCUCCAACGUGUGACCCAGUUGAAUGCCCAGACGUCACAAUUGCGCCUUUUUCAAACGGACGGAUGAUUUACGAAAGUUUGACUUAUACCUCAGUUAUACAAUUUGAGUGUGACAGGGGUUACUUUUUGGCAGGUAGGAGGGACAUUGAAUGUUAUAAAGAUGGAACAUGGAGUGCAAACAUUCCGAGAUGCGAAAUAAGCACUUGUUACCCGCCAUAUGUCGCACCACAUAGUCGGUUUAUUGGCGACGAUUUGACGUACAAUGCAACUAUAGAGUUUUUCUGUGAGGAUGGCUUUAAACUGAAUGGUCAGAUUGUUCGCACUUGCCAGGACAAUGGUCUAUGGUCAGGGGUGGCACCGACCUGUGAGCUGAUUAUUUGUCCUACCCCACAGACCGGUAAUGUCAUCAUUGUAGGUACGAGCUACUCUUACGGUGACGUACUAGAGUAUCGGUGUAAUGCAGGUUAUGCGAUCCAAGGACCAAUGUUCAGAAACUGUACAAGCUCUGGGCAGUGGUCUGGUGACGAGCCAAAGUGUGUUCGUAGCGAGUGUUCGACGAUUGAAACUUUUGAAAACGGUGGUUUCUCUGUUGAUAAAUAUUCUCCUGGUGGGCGUGUCACGUUCUUCUGUGAUGAAGGCUACAGGCUUGAUGGUCUUGCCUUUAAAUUGUGCUUGAAACAAAAUCUUGAAUGGUCUAACCCCAACCCAGUGUGCCGCAAAGUUCAAUGUAAAAACAUCCCUUCUGUGCCUAACAGUGCACCAAUCACUCGUGACUAUUUCUUUUUGGAUGAAAUUGAAUACACUUGCCUUGAUGGUUUCAGCAUACUUGGACGAAAUCGGCCGGUUUGUACUUCAAAUGGUCAGUUUGGUCGGAAUGAUAUUUCGUGCAACAAAAUUUCGUGCAAACAACUGGAACUACCAGAAAAUGCGCUGUACACCCUGUCUAAUGGCCAGGAAGAAGGGCAGUUUGAUGAGUCAGCACAAUUAAGUUGCGCCGAAGGAUAUUUUGGACGGGGAGUGAACGUCCAACGCUGUCAAGCGGAUGGGUCUUGGACGCAAACUGAUUUUGAGUGCGUGAUCGUCGAGUGCCCAGAGUUUGGGGAAGUACACAAUGGUAGGAUCACAUCGAACGGACAGACCUUUGGAAGUGUAGUUGACAUUCAGUGCGAUGAAGGAUACCAUCUCGUUGGAAAAUCAUCCCGUAAAUGUGAGGCAGACGGUAACUGGGGGGACGAAUACCAACCAUUUUGCGAAGAGAGACAAUGUGAAGAGCCUCCUCCGAUUAGCAAUGGGAUCGUUUUGGCUCAGUCAAGAUCAGUCGGUUCAGAGGCUGUGUUCACGUGUAAUGAAGGUUAUCGACUGCACGGUACAGAAAGAAGGGUUUGCAGAGAGGGUGGGAUCUGGGAGGGAACAGAUCCUUACUGUCGUUUGAUUUUCUGCGAAGCCCCUCCGUAUGUUGAAAAUGCUAAGGAAUUCGAUUCACUGCCACAGUAUUUAUACAAUUCUGAGGCGAGGUAUGUUUGUGAUACUGGAUAUAAAAUCGCAUCCGGAGACAAGGUGAUGCAAUGUUCCACUGAUGGUUCCUGGAGGGGAACGGUCCCUACUUGUUCUCUUGUGCAGUGUGGUGAACCGAACACCAUCGACAAUGGUCGAGCUAUUGUAGCGUCACAUGAUUAUCUAAGCGAAGCACAGUACUUGUGCUUCCCAGGGUAUAGACUUAAGGGAUCAAGAAAUGUGGUUUGUGAUGAGAAGGAACAAUGGAAGGGAAACAUACCUGCAUGUGUUCCCAUUGAUUGUAGAAACCCGCCACUAGUUGCAAAUUCCAUCAUAACUGAUUCAGGCGACCAUACAUACAACAAUGAAGUUUCUUACAACUGCGAAGUAGGAUUCAGACUUCUAGGAGAAAGAGUUCAUAAAUGCUUAGAGACUGGAGUAUGGUCGGGAAUUGCGCCGAUUUGUGAACCAAUAUCUUGUGGAACGCCGCCGAAAAUCGACAAUGCUAUCUACACCGGAAACAGUCAUCGCUAUCUUGACAAAGUGACUUACUUAUGUUUCGACGGCUAUAAAAUAAAGGGAAACGCAGAGUUGCAAUGCGCGUAUGAUGGUUCUUGGACAGGGGAACGUCCGGAGUGUAUUCUGUUGCAAUGCAGUCCUCCGCCAGUCUUCGACCACGUGACUACGUCUAUGACGCAUGAUGGAAAUAUUGGAAGUAUUGCUACCUUUGUGUGUAACGACGGUUACCGAUUGAUAGGAAGCGCUACAGCCACUUGUAUGGAAGACCAAAGAUGGCAUUACGAGGCUUCAGCACCGUUUUGCGUACCAAUUGAUUGUGGACUUCCGUCACAGAUUUCAAAUGGAAAAUCUGUUUAUACAAGGACAACAUUUGGUUCGUCAGUGGUAUUUAAAUGUAAUCGAGGAUUCUAUAUGGCGACAGAGGGAGAACUGAGAUGUGGCGCAACUGGACAGUGGGCGGGAGUAGCCGCCGUGUGUGCACCCGUGAAUUGCGGACAACCGGGGCUUGGAGACCAUAUACAAGUUAAUGGAAUAAGCUGGACGUUCGGUGGCGUAGUGGAGUUUGAGUGCGACGCCGGGUAUGCAAUGAAGGGAGAAAGUCGUGCAGUGUGUACAGAGUCGGGCCAGUGGAGCAACCCGACGCCGGAGUGUCAACGCAUACAGUGCAGAGAGCUAGUAAUACACGAGAACGGAAUCACCCUCAGCGGGAACAUGAACUCGCACAACCAUUAUGGGGACAGGAUCGUGCUCGGGUGUGCAGACGGGUUCAGGAUGGUGGGAGAUGCAGGGCUCGAGUGCAUGGAGAAUGGUCAAUGGAGCUCGCAGCUUCCCAAGUGUCUACCUGUGCCGACCGGCCUGACGUGCCCGCCAGCCGUGGAUAUUGAGCAUUCGCUGCCAGUGUUGGUGGGAGUACCGUUUGGCGGUCGGGCAACAGUGGAGUGUGAGGAAGGGUACCGGCCCUCCGUAGCCAACUUGACAGUCGUAUGCGGACAGUACAACCAGUGGUCAACGCCAAGUGGUAGCUGCACAAAGGUCGUAUGCGGCAAACCUAGACUGCGAGAUUUUGUGAACGUCGUGCGCAUCACAGGGGCGUCAUAUACGUACGGUGACGUUAUUACAUACCAUUGUCGCGCGGGCGUUCAGCCUGCGCGCUACCCUCCGUCCAUCACGUGCCUCGCGGAUGGGACGUGGGAUGGGGAUAUUGCAUGUGGAGUUUCGUGUAAGCGGUCUUGCCAACACGGAGGGAUCUGUCUGGGGUUAAACCGAUGCAAGUGUCCCACGGGUUAUGUGGGAGAAAUAUGCGAACACGCCAUAUGCAUCCUGCCAUGUCUUCACGGCGGUAGGUGUACGGCCCCCUAUAUGUGCUCAUGUCCACGUGGCUAUGAAGGGGUCCGUUGCCAGAAUGCGGUGUGUGACCGGCCCUGUGCACAUGGUGGAAAAUGUCUGCUGCCAAACCGGUGCAAGUGCCAACACGGAUUCGCCGGUGCCUUCUGUGAAAGAAGACGUGCAUAAGACAUUACCGUGAAAUGUAGAACUGGUUUAUAUGCAUUAUAUAGAUCGAUUGCUGGCUUGUUCUAGUUUACCAGCAGAAAAUAUAUUUUUUAUCCAUGCGAUGGAUUUUCCACGCGACGAAACCGAUGAGUUGAUAAACACGACAUUUUUAUUUUCAAAUCAUAUAUGAACGGGUGUAUAUUCAUGUACAUGUACCAACGUUUGUUUAAACUGUGUGUAUGCUAUUAAGUAACAGUAUAUAUAGAUCAUGGUAAAUAAACAACAAAAUGUA